GGAAAGAACUUUCAGGCUUGGGACAAAGAAAGUGCAGAACAAGGAAAACAGACUGAAACAGCAAAGUCAACAGGAAAGAAGUCUGCUUUGUGGUAGCCUUUUCUUUUUAGUACUAACAAUUUCUUUUCAUAUAAUAUUAUUUCCCUUCAAAGAGACAGAGGAAGGAAGACUUCCAAAAGCGGUUACAAAUUAUCAUAUAGCCAAAAGCUCGAUUCCCUCUCUUCAAUCCUUUUCUUUUUAAUGCAAAAGCAGUAAUAUUUUUAACCCUUUAGAAAAAAGCUUUCAAAUGUUCUCCUGUUGAGUCCUCAUCCUCACCCUCUCCCUCUAUUUGACUUUUCUUUGCCUUUCAUUUCUUUAUUCAAUUGCUUGUGCAAACAAAUAAAAGGCCCCUAUACCAAGAAGCGGAAGAAGAGCCCCAACAAGCACAAGAAGAAGAAGAAAAAACAGUCAAAGAGAAGCAAAAAAGAGCUCUUUUAGUAGACACCAGCUCCAUUCAGCAUCAGCAGAAGCAAGGCCGUAUUUUGGCCUUUGAAUUAAUCUUUUUCCUGAAAGGUGACCAGGAACUUGAUGCUGAAGAGAAAUUAGUCAGUCAAAUAAGAGGUUUUGCAGAAUUUUUAUUUUCUAUGGGUUGGUUGUGCUGCUUUAGUUCAUCUCAGCUCGGAGGUGGGCAUUCAUCAUCUAGUUCUGGUAAGGGGAAAAACCUUCAGGGUAUGAUAAGGUUUGGUUUCAGCCUAGUAAAAGGGAAAGCUAAUCAUCCUAUGGAGGAUUAUCAUGUCGCUAAGUUCGUGCAGAUUCAAGGACAUGAGUUAGGGCUUUUCGCUAUCUACGAUGGUCAUCUGGGAAGUAGUGUACCUGCCUACCUACAGAAGCAUUUGUUUGCUAAUAUCCUAAAGGAGGAAGAGUUUUGGGUUGACCCCUGCAGAGCAAUCUCAAAAGCUUAUGAGAAAACGGACCAGGCAAUUCUUUCACAUGGCUCUGACCUGGGUCGUGGUGGGUCCACUGCUGUAACUGCAAUAUUGAUAAAUGGAAUAAGGCUAUGGGUGGCAAAUGUUGGAGAUUCACGUGCAGUUCUUUCAAGCGGGGGUCAGGUAAGGCAGAUGACUACAGAUCAUGAACCCAACACUGAACGAGGCAGCAUUGAGAACAGAGGAGGAUUUGUCUCAAAUAUGCCAGGAGAUGUUCCUAGAGUUAAUGGACAACUGGCAGUUUCACGUGCUUUUGGGGACAAGAGCCUUAAAUCACAUCUGCGAUCAGAUCCAGACAUUCAUAACACCAACGUAGAUAACAGUACUGAAAUUUUAGUCCUUGCGAGUGAUGGUCUUUGGAAGGUGAUGACUAAUCAAGAGGCUGUUGAUAUUGCAAGAAGGUUCAAAGACCCACAGAAGGCCGCAAAGCAACUAACUGCUGAAGCAGUUAAAAGAGACAGUAAAGAUGACAUAUCUUGUGUCGUCGUUAGAUUUAGGGGAUAGAACCAUUUAAAUCAUAUUGCUAUCCCGAUGCAGUACAUACCUGAAAUAAGAGUUUGUUUACACAGGAUGCCAAUUUAUGGAUUAGAACAUGAAAAGGCAUACCUGCUUGGGGUAAUCCUUGAAGUUCUGCAGAAAUCAAGGCUUGCAAUUUAAUGAAAUCAGUCAAAAACAAAAUACAGUAUUUGCCUCGUGUAAAUUCGUUUUAUCGAUUAGGUUCUCAUGUUUUGAUAUUGUUUGAUUUCUUUACGAAGGUGAUCAGAAAUUCAAUGUAUAUUGUUAUCACACAAUUUAUCGAGUCUUGUGUGUAGAUGAAGUUGUCCUUUUUGUUGUGACUGGAGGAACUUACAUGUUGUGGUUCAAUGUAGUUACCGUGAAGGCUUUAUAUAUGUGCCUUUUUUAUUUGAAGCUGGCUGUUGACAAUCACAUGGUCAGUGCAUGACCUGGCCUGGAUAUCAGUUACCAAAAAUCUAAAAUGCAUCCGAUGGAAGGAUUGCUUCUUAUAGUGAUGAAAUGAGCUAGAAUAUUUUAUCCAAAAAAAAAAAGACCUAGAAAGAAAUCUACUUCUGGGGUGUAAUAGAUGUACAUAAUGGCAUAAAUUUUUUUUUUUAUGAAACAUAAUAAUUUCUUCUAUUAAUGAAACACUUUUAAAAUCAGAAAACGUAAUCAACUUAGGAAAAUGGAAAAUAAUAACUGCUACUAUACGAGCAUUUUUAUUUCUAGGCCCAAAAGAAAACCAAAGCUCCCAUAGGCCAGAUUUAGUAAUGGGCUUUUAUGGGGAGGUUUAUGGCAAGAUAGCAAAAACGUCAGGAAGCAACCAAUGAAAUAUAUAUGGACUGAGGUGGGCCCAAAAAUGAAGCUGAAGCAACCACAGCUGGUGGAUGAAUAAUCACCCAUUAGGGUUUAGUCCUCCAUGGUUCACUAUAAAUAUAUCUCAUUAGAGUAGGGAUUUAUCCUUACUAUUCUUUCUUCUUUGUCCUGUCUGUCCCUUUUUCUGGUUCCUUCUUUUUUGUUAAUCUGUAUGUUGAAAGUUGUUUUGUUUAGAAAUAGAUAAGUUGAUUCGUAAUGAAGGAUUGGAUUUGGAAUUUGCCUCUCCUUUCGGCUGCAAGAGUUUGAGAUCUGAGGAUCGAUUUCUUGACGGCUUUGUUCUGGAGGCAUAAACUGAUAUAACCAACCAAAGAGCCUUGAGGGAUUUAAGAUUAUUUGCAUCUUCUUUUGCUUCUCUGGCUCCCCGUUCUUUGGUACAUCCUUAAAAAUGUCAUUCCAAACAAACGUCUCUCUCUCUCUUUUUUUUUUUUUUUAAGUAUUUGAAGUUAAGAAAAUUAACCAAACUUGCGUUUCUAUCACCAUUGAAUGACAGUUUCAGUAUAUUGUUUGAGGUCUUCUCCAAAUUCGUGGACUUUCGUGUGCUUUCAGUGAUGGAUUGUUGUAUAGAUUUUGAAGCUUGGCUUAUGGAAUUUGUAUAAAAGUUAAAAAUAUGAUUAAUGAUGAAGUAAUGCAAUAAACUGUUACAACUAGGUAAUUCAGAAUUGGAAACUAUCAGCUAUAUGACACUUUGUACUGGAAAUUCAUCCUGCUCCUGGAAAAAGAGAUUCUGGGGACCUGGGCUGAGAUGGUUCCCAGCUCUUUUUAUCAAUAAAAAUUUGAUGGACAAUUCUACGAGAAUUAACCCAAAAACACUCCUCAUCCAAAUAUUAAGCACAUCUAAAAUUCAAAAUACAAAUUAAGCUUUUUCUCAUUACACCCCAUCUCAAUCUUUCGUUUUUUCAAUUAUACCCUUUGAUACCCAUUUAAUCCUUUCUUCUUCGUUUUCUCCUCUCUUUCAAUCUUUCCACCUUAAACACACCCUAAAUUCACCUAAAAUCAUCAAUCAAACUCUUAAAUUAUAAGUUUCUGAUUAUUCGAUCUUAAAGGUAAAUUUUAGUUGAUUGUUUUGAUGUAGGGUGAAUAUGGAUUUGCGAUUCUUUUUCGUCAAAUUGUACACGAAAAUGAAUUUUCGUAAAGUUAAAAAUAUUUACAGAUUUAAAUUUUGGUAGGCUUUAUAAAACUAACAAUUCCACAAGCAUCAUCAGCUAUGAAAUGAUUAUGGAAAUUCAAAUUUGUUAGCCUUAUGUAAGGCUGACUGAAAUCUGUUUUCGUAAAUUCAAAAUUGAAAUCAAUACCCACUUAAAUUAUAUUCGAAUACUAAUAAAAAUUAGUUGCUCUAAGAUAAAAAUAAUUGUUUUAAAGAUUUUUGGUUUGUGAUAGAAAUAUAAGGUUUGCGAUACCCAAGAGGAAGGAAAAAAAAAAAAAAAAGGAGAAGAAGGGAACAAAAAGUGAAAGUAGAAAAAAGAUGUACGAGGGUUAAAAACGUAAUUUAGUAAAUGAUAA